AUGCGGUCAACUGCAGUAUGUCGCGCAUUGUCAAAAGCUCUGCAGAGGCAUGUUUCAACAGCAGCUGUUUGUUCUGGAAUAAGAAUGUCACAACCAGUUUUGAUGGCUCGACAGAUGUCGACCACCCGACCAUUAAGUAAUGAAUUAAUUGAUGCGCUAAAGAAUGAAAUUACCGCUGAGAAACAACUGGAGAAAGAAAAUCUUCGUGGUGAACAAGCUCCAAGAAUCUCGGGUUUCGAAAUUACAACUGAUGGUGCCAAUGUACAUUUGGCAAAGUUGCACGGCAGUGAAAAAAUUAAUGUAUACUUUAAUGUCAACCAUUCAGUAGAUAUGGACGGCGGAGAAGAUGAGGAUGAAGGAGUUCCACUCGCCCUGCCUUCACUUACUAUAGAAAUCAUCAAGGCACAACAACGAUUAUGCUUUUACCUUGAUCUAUGCGAAAACGAAGAAGCAGCGGAAGCAAAUGAACGGUUUGAUUUCCGCGUAGCAGAAUUUUACAUUGCUCCAGCAUCUAAAGGAACGGAAGAUGAAGACGUACCUGAAUCAGUAUACUCAUCAUCCGGCAAAUAUAUUGAUCCAACUUUGCAUGAUCUUUUGUUCAAUCACUAUUUGGCGGAACGUGGCUUCGAUCAGAAAUUUUGCCGUGAAGUGGUGGAUUUCGCAACACACUAUGAGCAUUCGCAAUAUGUUAAAUUAUUGACGGACAUCAAGUCAUUUGUUUCAAAAUGA